GGAAAGGGUUGGUCCCGCAUGCCUCACAUUUGCAGUCGGUGCGGCGAAAGCACGUGUCUCAUGCCUGUAAAAUGCUCUCAUGUAAAGCCGAAGGGGCGUGGAUAAGGGCUUGUGUUACCUGCCCUAGACUUUCACCUGCGGAGAAAUGGAAAGAAUUUAACACACCAGCAACAGCAGUCGAUGAGCCCUGGAACAUAAAACCGUCGGCAUUCCAGCAGGGACGGAGAAGAAGAAGGAGGAGGAGGAGGAGGAGGAGGAGGAACUCGACGCUCACGACAGGUUCACCUCAAAACAUUCCACUCGCUCCUCCUUCAAAAACAAAGAGCUCGCGACCCGCAAUCUUCAAAGACUUUCGCCUUCGAUCAUCCUUCGGCGUGUACCUGAACCUCGACGAUGGCUCUCAGGUUUCCCACUCCGCAGGGAAUCAAAAAGACACGUCGGAGAAACAAAAGCAGCGUGUUUACCUGCGCAGGUGGAACGGAGGGGCCCAUGUGAGCUGGACCUCCGCACUGAAUGGACACCAUGAUCGGACCCCCGCGACUGUGGAUCUUUAAUGUGCUCCUCUGUUUCGGCAUCAUUUAUUCCAGACUCGGGGCUCUCUCCUCCGUGGUGGCGCUCGGCGCGAACAUCAUCUGCAAUAAGAUCCCCGGCCUCGCCCCUCGCCAGCGCGCCAUCUGCCAGAGCCGGCCCGACGCCAUCAUUGUGAUCGGAGAGGGGGCGCAGCUGGGCAUCAACGAAUGCCAGUAUCAGUUCAGAUACGGCCGCUGGAACUGCUCGGCGCUGGGCGAACGCACCGUCUUCGGUCAAGAGCUGCGAGUAGGCAGCAGGGAGGCGGCAUUCACCUACGCCAUCACAGCCGCUGGAGUCGCCCACGCCAUCACAGCCGCAUGCAGCCAGGGCAACAUGAGCCACUGCGGGUGUGACCGGGAGAAACAGGGCUACUACAACCAGGAGGAGGGCUGGAAAUGGGGCGGAUGCUCGGCGGACAUCAAGUACGGCAUCGAGUUCUCCCGGAAGUUCGUGGACGCCCGCGAGAUUAAAAAAAAUGCCCGUCGAUUGAUGAACCUUCAAAAUAAUGAAGCCGGGAGAAAAGUUUUGGAGGACAGGAUGAAGUUGGAAUGUAAAUGCCACGGCGUUUCGGGCUCCUGCACUACGAAAACGUGUUGGACCACGUUACCGAAGUUCCGCGAGAUCGGCUACGUCCUGAAGGACAAGUACCACAAAGCCGUUCACGUGGAGGUCGUCCGAGCCGACCGACUACGGCAGCCCACCUUCCUGAAGGUGAAGAAAACGAAUGGUUAUCAAAAGCCCUUAGAAACGGACUUGGUCUUCAUCGAGCGAUCGCCGAACUAUUGCGAAGAGGACGUCAAAACCGGCAGCGUGGGGACGCAGGGGCGACUAUGCAACCGGACGUCGCCGCACACGGACGGUUGUGACCUCAUGUGCUGUGGGCGGGGCUACAACACACACCAGUACACCAAGGUGUGGCAGUGUAACUGUAAAUUCCAAUGGUGCUGUUUCGUGAAGUGCAACACUUGCAGCGAGCGGACAGAGGUUUUUACUUGCAAAUGAGCGGACGUUUGUUCUAGCGAAGCGGACCGAACGCUGGUCCACACGGUCAGGUGGGGAGCGGAGGUGAUGCGGAUACGCUGGGUGGUAAACCCCACGGAAGGAAAUCGAGGGAACGGGAUUUUCAAGUUCGUCAGCUCUUGAUGGCGUUGUUUUGCACAGCAGAAUGUAUAUUUGCUUUAACACAGAGUUCAAUACUAAAGUCUAUCAGUAGGUACAAGCCCAGCAUUCCACUAGAGAUACUGAUGUAUCCACACUGACUCGAGCUAAAGGACUGCAGGAGACCGGCCAUGCCCCGGUGCAUUCUGGGACUUCUAGAUUUUCUUUUCCAUAGGAAGCUCAUCAAAGGACUUAGAGGAGGCUUUUGGGAUUUGGAUCUUGACGGAACUCUUUGGAAAAGCCAGUGAAACCACAAGACUUUGUCUCAUCUCAACAUGCUGCGUUGAAGGGCAAAAAGGAACUCGAAAUGUUGAGUUAUAUUUAAGAAGGAGCUCUGUAAACCAUGCAGACUGCAAAUCAAGGAUUUUCUUUUUAAAAUAGCCUUUUAACUGCCAACUGGAACCUGGUAGAGUUUUGUUAGUCAUCCAGUCACACUGGAACUGUCUGUUCGAACACUGAAAAUAAAUUAUUAUAUAUUAUAUGUUAUAGUCUCCUGAGGAACCGAAGCGCUAACGGGUAGAAAUGUCUUAUUUUGUACUAAAUAAGAAAUGAAAACAAAGACUUUGUAGAAACUUGUGACUGAAGAUGUCUUUUAGAGGAAAAGAAGGCCCCAGAUGUUUUUCUAGUUUUAUGAUGUGUCGACUUCCGAAACCACUGUCACUUGUCGGUCAUGCUAACAUUGGUUCACCUUUGCUGUAAUCUAGCCGUAGUUUUCGAUAGAAUCGCAAUAGAAAUUCGGGUCACUUCUUUUUCUAGCUAGCUCUUUACGACUCAAAGGUUCUCACUUGGUUCAUGAUAUUUGUGGCGAGUAUAUUUCUGGAUAUGUUACAGAAUGCUGCACUGAUGUUUUUUCUAUUCAGAUACGAUGCAAUUAAAGCGAAAUAAAUAUCAAUGCGACUGACAUUUGCGCGUUAUUGCAGCAAAACUGAACUACAUUUCAUUAAAUACCCUUCACGUGACUUUCUUCUUGAUGUCUAAUAUGAAUUCCUCUGCUCGUGUCAGGGACGGCUUUCCACUUCCAUGUCUUUAAACUAUAUUUGGGAACGGUGCCUAAAAGCAGGCAGUCAUAUUCAUCGUGUGGCAUAUUUGAAGGCCGGAAAUUGCCCCCAGUUCCAAACUUGCAGUCACUCUUAAUCUUAAUUGGCCAUGAGAAGACAUACAUCAUUAGAUAUCUUACUUACAUCAAUCCAGCAGCCUGUGGAUGUGGCUUUUCCUUACGUUACCGGAGAAUCAAACACAUGUUUAUAAUAUCUUGCGGUUUGUUUCCUUGAUUAUGGCAUGUGUACAGUUAUCUG